AAUGCAGUCAAUGGCAAACCGGGUGUAACACGCACACUACGAGUCCCUGCAGCUACCAGUUUUCGGCAAUUGGCUGACAUGCUCAACACCGCUUUUGGGUGGAGAGGAGACAAGAACUGGGAUUUUCUCAUUGCCAGCAACGCAGGUAAAUGGUCGACUGUCGAACCUCCGCCAUGGCAAUUCGUUGCCAGAGUGCUGAAGAUUGUAACACCGCAAACUAUAAAGAGGGUACAGGUGCCAGACGAGCCAGAAGCUUACUUCAGGUCCAGAGAAGUGAGACUCUUCGACGUCUGGGGCCGUCACCAGCCACGACAAUGCGAGAAUCUUCAAGUCUGGUAUGCCUACCAUUCAGGCAUCGAGUGGGCUCACCAGAUCUCCUUCCUUGGUGAAGCCAACGACAGGCUCUUCGAGGCUUCGAGG